UGCGUCAAACCAGUCAAACUUAAACCUAACCUCACAUUCUUGACAACUUAACUCCAACUCCAACUAUUUUUUUAAGUUUCUACAAUGUUUUUAAGUCGAAUGCGAAUAACAGUAAAAUUCGCGACCAAUGUGUGUAAAUACUCGCAAAAGGUGCCCCAACCCCUGCGGAGUAAGAAACCAAAAUCUACAAAGACUCCUGUCCAAAAUUUUAUAGAUUUGAAAUCGCUGCGGACUACUGGAGGCCGCGGGGGCGAUGGUUGUAUCUCCUUUCUUAGUUUAUGGAGUAACGAAUUUGCCGGCCCUGAUGGUGGUGAUGGGGGCAACGGGGGGCACGUUAUCUUCAAAGCGAACUCGGCCACAAAAGAUUUGAUAAACGUACCACCAAUUAUACGUGCUGAAGAUGGGGAGAAAGGACAAAAUAAAGACUGUCACGGCAAGAAUGCCCCACAUUGCAUUGUGGAUGUACCAGUAGGGACUGUGGUGAAAAAUGCAGAUGGGGUGGUAGUUGGGGACUUGGCUUCUGAGGGGAUUAUGUUUGUAGCAGCUCGGGGCGGCGCUGGGGGCAAAGGGAACCAUUUUUUUAUCACUGAUACGGAACAGGCGCCGAAAAUUUGCGAAUAUGGGGCGGAGGGGGAGGACUUAGAUUAUACUUUAGAGAUUAAAAGUAUGGCUCAUAUGGGACUGAUUGGGUUCCCAAAUGCGGGCAAAAGUACUCUACUAAGUGCGGUGUCGCGAGCCAGGCCCAAGAUAGCCCCAUAUCCAUUUACGACGUUAAAGCCCCACAUCGGGAUGGUACAGUAUGAUGAUUAUGAGCAAAUCGCUAUAGCAGAUUUGCCAGGACUUAUACCCGAAUCGCACAAAAAUCGGGGGUUAGGGAUCCAAUUUUUGAAACAUGCAGAAAGAUGCACUGCCCUCUUAUACAUCAUUGAUUUAUCUCUAGAGGAACCUUGGCAGUAUUUACAUACAUUGCAACAUGAAAUGUCUCAAUUUAGUAAACAUUUAUUAGAAAGACCUCAACUAGUAAUAGCCAAUAAAAUAGAUUUACCAGAAUCUGAAGAAAAUUUAGAACUGUUAAGGCAACAUACCGAUUUAAAAGUAAUUCCAGUGAGUGCAAAAUUGGGUACAAACAUUACGCAACUUCUUAGAGAAAUUAGGAUAAUAUAUGAUCAAAACAAAAACGAAACGGAUUUGUAAAUAUUUAUUGUAAUAAAAAGUUAAAUAAUUUAAA